AUGUAUGAGGUCUUAAUGGACGAGGAGGAUGAUUGCCCAGAGUUGGUCCCCAUCGCAGGAAAGCCUCUCUCACCUGGCGAGCAGAUACCUGUGACCAUCAUCACAGGCUACCUCGGUAUGACUGUCAGUUAAGUCUAGUUCCCACCCCCAUGCAUACUGCUGUGUUGUCAGACAGGUAGUGCUCAUCAAUCUUGGUCAUCGAGAGAUGCAUGAUGUGCAGGGUUUUGUUCAACCCUAGCACUAAAACACCUGGUUCGGCUAGUUCACAAAUACUUUGUUUAGGCCCUAGUUGAAUCAGAUGUGUUAUUGUGGGGCUGGAACAAAAGUCUGCCCACCCAGUAGCUCCCCAUGGUCAGGGUUAUUGACUGACCACUGGGAUAGAAAUCUAUAGUAAUUACAGUGUGCUAUUCAUAUAAAUCAUACCUCUUCUGCAGACUAUAACAGUUCAUUUAUAACCCAUAUAGGUGCUGGGAAGACGACACUGUUGAACUACAUUUUAACUGAGCAACACAAUAAGAGAAUCGCUGUCAUACUCAAUGAAUUUGGAGAAGGUAUGUCCAUUUUUAUGGUCUAUAUAGGUUGCACUGUCUUUAUUUUUUCAUAAAGGUACAAAAUUACUUGUUGCUUCAUUACAGCUGUUUUGCAAUGACAUUGUAUUCGAUGGUGUGAAUGUUUUCUUGUUGGUUGUAUCAUAUGGUUAAAGGUAAAAUGCACCCCAAAAAUCCUAUAAUUUACAGUGUUACAUUACACUAAUAUGUGAGAAACAAUUUUUUGUGAACAAAUGUUUCAUUUUGUUGUUAUAAUAAGGUUGGUAGCAAUGUGAAAAUUGUUGUGGAAAUUGUUGCAGCUCAAGUCGAAAAACCCACAUUGCAAUGCUGUCUAUGGGCUGGCUGGCUAGCUAGUUAGCUAGGUUGCUAGCUAGCAAACGUAGCUACACACAAUGAUACCAAAGUCAAUAACAGCAUGUGAAGUAGCUAGUUAGCUGUAAAAUCGCCUAAACAAACUGCACUAUCAAUUUAGGAGUCUACAAUCUCACCAUGUUCAACCUGCAGAUCGAUGUGCCUCACAGAGUGGAGUCUGACAUUCACAACAGCACCAUGCAAUGCACCUUUUACUGAAGAGGCAGACAAAUAGGAGAAAUGUGUUAGACGCUCUGUUAAAUAAAACAUUUCUCCAGGUAAGAAUAUCGCAAAAAUAUUAUCAAUGGCUCAUUCGAGAGAAGACAACCUCCCACGUUAUGACAUCGGCUAGUAUUGACAUUUGACAUGUAUGAUAGACGUUUUCGCGAUCUAAAAGUCGUAUUCCAAUUAACUUCCAGUGUAGUGAGAGCGGUUUUAUCACAAUGCUCCGUCAUACAGGCCCAAUUUCUGCCUGUUUGAACUGCAAUAGAUCAGAUACAGUUCGAAACAUGAAAUGACCCAGGGAAUCGAUAGCACAUCACGCAGAGAUGCUCAAAAACAAUAUAACAUUCAAAAUGGGUGAAUCUUUAUUUAAAGUGCGCUAGGGAGCAGCAAAGAGCUCUGUUCAAACCUAUAUGAAUCCCUUGAGAUGCUGCAGGGUCCUUUAUAGCCUGACAUGAGAAACAGUGUUUAGUCUGGCUAAAGUCAAUUAUCUUAACCAUGAAAUAGGCCUACAAUAGAUCUGUGUUGUGAAUGCUACACUGAACAAAAAUAUAAACACAACAUGCAACAAUUUCAAAGGUUUUACUGAGUUACAAUUCAUUAGGCCCUAAUCUAUGGAUUUCACAUGACUGGGAAUACAGAUAUGCAUCUGUUGGUCACAGAUGCCUUAAAAAAAAGGUAGAGGCGUGGAUCAGAAAACCAGUCAGUAUCUGGUGUGACCACCUUUUGCCUCAUGCAGCGCGACACAUCUCCUUCGUAUAGAGUUGAUCAGGCUGUUGAUUGUGGCCUGUGGAAUGUUGUCCCACUCGUCUUCAAUGGCUGUGUGAAGUUGCUGUAUAUUGGCAGGAACUGGAACACGCUGUCGUACAUGUCGAUCCAGAGCAUCCCAAACAUGCUCAAUGGGUGACAUGUCUGGUGAGUAUGCAGGCCAUGGAAGAACUGGGACAUUUUCAGCUUCAAGGAAUUGUGUCCAGAUCCUUGCGACAUGGGGCCUUGCAUUAUCAUGCUGAAACAUGAGGUGAUGGUGGCGGAUGAAUGGCACGACAAUGGGCCUCAGGAUCUCGUCACAGUAUCGCUGUUCAUUCAAAUUGCCAUCAAAUAAAUGCAAUUGUGUUUGUUGUCCGUAGCUUAUGCCUGCCCGUACCAUAACCCCACCUACACAAUGGGGCACUCAGUUCACAAGGUUGACAUUAGCAAACCACUCGCCCACAAGACGCCAUCUGCCCGGUACAGUUGAACCCGGGAUUCAUUCGUGAAGAGCACACUUUUCCAGCGUGCCAGUGGCCGACGCCGAACUGCAGUCAGGUUAAGACCCUGGUGAGGACGACGAGCACGCAGAUGAGCUUCCCUGAGACGGUUUCUGACAGUUUGAGCAUUAAUUAUUUAGUUGUGCAAACCCGCAGUUUCAUCAGCUGUCUGGGUGGCUGGUCUCAGACGAUCCCGCAGCUGAAGAAGGCGGAUGUGGAGGUCCUGGGCUGGAGUGGUUACACGUGGUCUGUGGUUGUGAGGCCGGUUGGACGUACUGCCAAAUUCUCUGAAGCGAUAUUGGAGGUGGCUUAUGGUAGAGAAAUUAACAUUACAUUCUCUGGCAACAACUCUAGUCGACAUUCCUGCAGUCAGCAUGCCAAUUGCACGUUCCCUCAAAAUUUUAGACAUCUGUGGCAUUGUGCUGUGUGACAAACCUGCACAUUUUAGAGUGGCCUUUUAUUUUCCCCAGUACACGGUGCACCUGUGUAAUGAUCAUGCUGUUUAAACAGCUUCUUGAUAUGCCACACCUGUCAGGUGGAUGGAUUAUCUUGGCAAAGGAGAAAUGCUCACUAAAAGGGAUGUUAACAAAUUUGUGCACAACAUUUGAGAGAGUCCAGUCAGCAGAACACCCAGAUGUUUACUGCUCUGAUAAUGAUUGGUGUCCCUCAUCUGUCCUGUAGGUAGUGCUCUGGAGAAGUCUCUAGCUGUGAGCCAGGCAGGAGAGCUGUAUGAGGAAUGGCUGGAGCUCAGGAACGGCUGCCUCUGCUGCUCCGUGAAGUAUGUAUGUUUAACUUCAAUGUUAAGUCCCCCAUAUGGGGGACUUUGAGCGGUUCUGGACCGGUUCCGACUGACAUUUUGGUGUACAAAGUGCUCUGUGAACACAGUAGGGUCCCAUGCUUUAUAAUGCCAAAAAGAUGUCUGCUCUCUGUUUCCACUCUCUCAGCAGAGCUGACUUGAAGUGUCAGGUUUCAGACCCCACAUUUGCAUAGGGAGUGACGUGUCACAUUUUCUGGCCUAUCCAGAUUUUAUUUUUGCCAAUAUUGUACUGUCACUAAGAAUGAACAUAUUUAUUUUAUAGUUAAGAAAUGUGAAAUCUUAUAGUAUGUCAUUUAUAAUUUGAUUGUUACUAUAUUUAGAAAGCAUUUCAGUCAUUUCAAGCCCUAUUACCCCACUUUUGUUGAAUAGGAAAAAAAUCAUAUGAUUUUUCAUACAUGUAUUCUCAUAAUAUUUGUACUAUGUACUUGAGCUUGUGUUCUCAAAAGUGAGUACACCUCAGCAAUUUAUAAGUAUUUUUUGUCAGAAAGGUGACCUUUCUAAAACUAUGCAACAUUACCAGUUAUUGUUCAAGCCAUCUCAAAUCAAAUUUUAUUUGCCACAUGCGCCGAAUACAACAGGUGUAGACAUUACCGUGAAAUGCUUACUUACAGCCCUUAACCAACAAUGCAUUUAAUUUUUUAUAAAAAAGUAAAAUAAAACAACAACAACAACAAAAAAGUGUUGAGAAAAAAAGAGCAGAAGUAAAAUAAAAUUACAGUAGGGAGGCUAUAUACAGGGGGGUACCGGUGCAGAGUCAAUGUGCGGGGGCACCGGCUAGUUGAGGUAAUAUGUACAUGUGGGUAGAGUUAAAGUGACUAUGCAUAAAUAAUUAACAGAGUAGCAGCAGCGUAAAAAGAUGGGGUGGGGUUGGGGGGGCAGUGCAAAUAGUCCGGGUAGCCAUGAUUAGCUGUUCAGGAGUCUUAUGGCUUGGGGGUAGAAGCUGUUGAGAAGCCUUUUGGCCAAAAUGCCACCUGGAAAGCUAUUUUUAAUGCUAUAUUGAUAGUAAAUUUAGCAAUUUAUAUGACAAGUGAACAACACCCACCUUUUCCAUUGUCAAUAAUCCAUUUUGCCCAUGUUCUUGAUGAAGAAUGUUAAGCUCACUGGUUUGAGACCACAAAAUCAACCAAAUCCGCUAAAUAGCGCUGCUAAUAGCUCUAUAUUGAAGAUACUGUGAUUGAAGAAAAAUAGUUCAGAGGUUAAAUUAUAAAAAAAUAUAGGUUCAUCGUCAUUUCUACACACGUUCUACCUGGCUUUAGUAGUUUAGGUUCAGACUGGAGUAUUCUCAUGAAAAUAAUUAAGUUUGGGUAUGUCUAUUUAAGCGGACAUCUAAAAUCUGCCCUUUCAUUCAACUGGUUGAAACAUUGCCACUUAGUCUUAGAUAAUACAUCCCCUUUCAUUGCAUUAGGUUUAAAAUCUGUAUGGACAUCAUACCCUGCUGAGCAUUAAGUUGACAUGUAGAAUUUUCAAUUGACAAUACCUACCAUUCCUAAUCUCAACAAUCAUUCCGUCCUCUAGAGACAAUGGCCUGAAAGCCAUAGAAAACCUCAUGCAGAAGAAAGGAAAGUUUGACUAUAUUCUUCUAGAAACGACAGGACUUGCAGAUCCAGGUAAGUUAAAUAACAUCAUAAACCCUCACAGUUGAAUUAAAGUCAACUUUGAAUAGCUACUGUUUGUGGUUCACAUUACAAUGCAGUACCUUACACGUGGAGAUGCUUGGUUAGCUUAGACUAUCCACACGCGACCCAAUAUUGGCAUUGUGAAAAAAAAAUCGUCAAAAUGCCACCUGGAAAGCUAUUUUUAAUGCUAUAUUGAUAGUAAAUUUAGCAAUUUAUAUGACAAGUGAACAACAUACCCACCUUUUCCAUUGUCAAUAAUCCAUUUUGUCCAUAUUCUUGAUGAAGAAUGUUAAGCUCACUGGUUUGAGACCACAAAAUCAACCAAAUCCGCUAAAUAGCGCUGCUAAUAACUCUAUAUUGAAGAUACUGUGAUUGAAGAAAAAUUGUUCAGAGGUUAAAUUAUAAAAAAUAUAGGUUCAUCGUCAUUUCUACACACUUUCUACCUGGCUUUAGUAGUUUAGGUUCAGACUGGAGUAUUUUUCAUCCCCUCAAAACAAGUUAAACUAAAAUAAAGACACCUGCGACCCAUUCGAAACCUCCUGCGACUCGCAAACCACAGUUUUACAAUCGCUGUUCUAGAGGAACGCUUCACUCUGUCAACUUCAAUCUGUUUACUCUCUUAUGUUUGGUUAGAAUAUAGCUGGACGUUAUAGCAACAACAAGUUCACAAAGUAUACACCGGCAUGUUUCAACAGCAAGUGUAAUAUAUUUAAAUAGAAUUUCACUUCAUCAGGAUGAUAUUUGAAGCCUGAGUGCUAUGCCGUCUGCUAUGCAAAUAGAUGCCCUCGUAUUUCAUGUUUGUGUCGACAGUCAAGAAACUAUUGUAAUAGGAUGGCAUUUGCUGCUGUAGUGACUAGUGGGACACUUUUCGUUGAAACUUAGUUGAAUAGCAUGUUGUUUCCAUACAUUUAGGCUAGAUUGAAUUCACUGCAAUGUUUAGGUGACAUUCUCAAUACUAUUCAGUUCCAGCAUGCUCAACCAAAGCUUUGCAUUGUUGGCCUUAGUUUGACUCCAGACGGACACUUCUAGACAAGCCCAGCUAGUUGAGCUUCUUCUUACUUAAGACCAAUAACACUGUGCUCUGGGACAGUGCCAGGGUUAUUGGGGUGGGGCGGGGGGUGAUAUCUGAACAACCUAUUUCCAUCAGGACAGGGAAGCCAUCAGGCCGUAAACGUUUAGCCAGGGGGGAAAGGAAAUCAAUAGGAGGCCAUUACGGGGCGAGCCCUGUGACGACUGGAGUGUGUCAGUAAGUGACAGGUGUCAGUGGUCCAGAGACGCAGCCAGCUACAUACCACUGGUCCACACACAGGCCUGACAGAGCACGCUCAGACCGGGACUCUCCUCACCCCUCCACUGUGUCAUUGGCUGAGACAGGCUGGUUAUUGAUUGAGACAGGGCUGUCAUUGGCCCAGACAGGCCUGUCAAUCAGAGAGGUCCCAGGGGGCUGGCACCUCCCAUUGAGGAAGAGGCUGGACGGGUGGUGCGUGGGAUGCCACUCACAAACAGUGUUUUCAUUACUCUCCUAUCAAAUAUUUACCAUGCUUUCUUAUUCUCGCCUGACGGUUUGACAAAAGUGCAUUAUGUGAACAAGCUAGGCCUGUUGCGGUGACAUGGCACUGGAAUAACUUCCCCCACGGAGAAAUGGAAAUGCCUGGAAGCAAUCUAAAUGUACCUACGGGGAGAAAAACAAUUGAAAGCUGCUCAAAUUAUUUUUAACUGGUCCACUGAGUUCUAGGAUGUUAAAUGUGGCAGAGGCAAACUGUAAUGGUUAGGAAAUGUCUCCUGAUAAUGUUGUGUUUUACUUCUUUAAUGUUCUUAAUACUUCUUUAAUGUUGCGGUAUGCUAUCUAAAUAUCUCUCUAAUUCACCCUCUCAGGUGCUGUGGCCUCCAUGUUCUGGGUUGAUGCAGAACUAGGGAGUGACAUCUAUCUAGACGGUAAAAAAAAACAUUUUGUGCUAAACGUGUGUUCCAGUUGGUGUGUUUAGGAGCAAUAGGUGUGUAUUCCAUGUGGUGUUCAUGGGGGGGGGGGGGGGGGGGGGGGGGAAGGACAAAAUGUAUAGCAUGUCCACUUCCCAGGAGGAAUACUCAGCUGUUUCUUCUGUUAUGACAGAGAAUGCUUGGAAAGACCACAAGUGGACAUAGAAAGUGACUUGAACACACAAGCUGGACCAAACACCAAAAGGCUGCAGGGUCAGAGUUAAUUGAAUACACAAGCCCUCUUAUUGUCUUUUCUGCUUUUGUUUGUUUACAGGUAUUGUCACAGUCAUUGAUGCUAAGUACGCAAUGCAGGUAAAAGCUCAUUCAGACAUUUAUUUAUUUUAUUUAUUUCACCUUUAUUUAACCAGGUAAGCCAGUUGAGAACAAGUUCUCAUUUACAACUGCGACCUGGCCAAGUUAAAGCAAAGCAGUGCGAUAAAAACAACAACAACACAGAGUUGUGAAAUAAACAAAUGAAAUAAACAAAACGUACAGUCAAAAACACAAUAGAUAAUCUACAGUGGGGAAAAAAAGUAUUUAGUCAGCCACCAAUUGUGCAUGUUCUCCCACUUAAAAAGAUGAGAGAGGCCUGUAAUUUUCAUCAUAGGUACACGUCAACUAUGACAGACAAAAUGAGAAAAAAAAAUCCAGAAAAUCACAUUGUAGGAUUUUUAAUUAAUUAAUUUGCAAAUUAUGGUGGAAAAUAAGUAUUUGGUCAAUAACAAAAGUUUCUCAAUACUUUGUUAUAUACCCUUUGUUGGCAAUGACACAGGUCAAACGUUUUCUGUAAGUCUUCACAAGGUUUUCACACAUUGUUGCUGGUAUUUUGGCCCAUUCCUCCAUGCAGAUCUCCUCUAGAGCAGUGAUGUUUUGGGGCUGUCGCUGGGCAACACGGACUUUCAACUCCCUCCAAAGAUUUUCUAUGGGGUUGAGAUCUGGAGACUGGCUAGGCCACUCCAGGACCUUGAAAUGCUUCUUACGAAGCCACUCCUUCGUUGCCCGGGCGGUGUGUUUGGGAUCAUUGUCAUGCUGAAAGACCCAGCCACGUUUCAUCUUCAAUGCCCUUGCUGAUGGAAGGAGGUUUUCACUCAAAAUCUCACGAUACAUGGCCCCGUUCAUUCUUUCCUUUACACAGAUCAGUCGUCCUGGUCCCUUUGCAGAAAAACAGCCCCAAAGCAUGAUGUUUCCACCCCCAUGCUUCACAGUAGGUAUGGUGUUCUUUUGGAUGCAACUCAGCAUUCUUUGUCCUCCAAACACGACGAGUUGAGUUUUUACCAAAAAGUUCUAUUUUGGUUUCAUCUGACCAUAUGACAUUCUCCCAAUCCUCUUCUGGAUCAUCCAAAUGCACUCUAGCAAACUUCAGACAGGCCUGGACAUGUACUGGUUUAAGCAGGGGGACACGUCUGGCACUGCAGGAUUUGAGUCCCUGGCGGCGUAGUGUGUUACUGAUGGUAGUCUUUGUUACUUUGGUCCCAGCUCUCUGCAGGUCAUUCACUAGGUCCCCCCGUGUGGUUCUGGGAUUUUUGCUCACCGUUCUUGUGAUCAUUUUGACCCCACGGGGUGAGAUCUUGUGUGGAGCCCCAGAUCGAGGGAGAUUAUCAGUGGUCUUGUAUGUCUUCCAUUUCCUAAUAAUUGCUCCCACAGUUGAUUUCUUCAAACCAAGCUGCUUACCUAUUGCAGAUUCAGUCUUCCCAGCCUGGUGCAGGUCUACAAUUUUGUUUCUGGUGUCCUUUGACAGCACUUUGGUCUUGGCCAUAGUGGAGUUUGGAGUGUGACUGUUUGAGGUUGUGGACAGGUGUCUUUUAUACUGAUAACAAGUUCAAACAGGUGGCAUUAAUACAGGUAAUGAGUGGAGGACAGAGGAGCCUCUUAAAGAAGAAGUUACAGGUCUGUGAGAGCCAGAAAUCUUGCUUGUUUGUAGGUGACCAAAUACUUAUUUUCCACCAUAAUUUGCAAAUAAAUUCAUCAAAACUCCUACAAUGUGAUUUUCUGGAUUUUUUUUUCUCAUUUUGUCUGUCAUAGUUGACGUGUACCUAUGAUGAAAAUUACAGGCCUCUCUCAUCUUUUUAAGUGGGAGAACUUGCACAAUUGGUGGCUGACUAAAUACUUUUUUCCCCCACUGUAUAUACAGUGUGUGCAAAUGUGGUAAGUUAUGGAGGUAAGGCAAUAAAUAGGCCAUAGUGCAAAAUAAUUACAAUUUAGUAUUAACACUGGAGUGAUAGAUGUGCAGAAGAUGAUGUGCAAAUAGAGAUACUGGGGUGCAAAUGAGCAAAAUAAAUAACAAUAUGGGGAUGAGGUAUUUGGGUGUGCUAAUUACAGAAUGGCUGUGUACAGGUGCAGUGAUCGGUAAGCUGCUCUGACAACUGAUGCUUAAAGAUGGUGAGGGAGAUAAGUGUCUCCAGCUUCAGAGAUUUUUGCAGUUCGUGUCAAAUUGAAAAGUUGACAUCACAUAACAAUCCUCAGAAUCUGUCAAACAUGGCUGAGUCUGGGUUCAUUUGUCAAAAUGUACUCUACAUUCUCCUGAAAGAAAUGGGGCUUUCAAGACAACUGGGAACUCUGAAAAAAAUGUGUUCAAAUCAUGACAUCUGUCAGAGCUCUAGAAAGAUGCCCGAGUUUCCCACUUGGAAUUCCGAGUUGGAUGACCGUUCAAAACUAUUUUUCCCAGCCAGCGUUUGUUCCAAGUUGUCUUGAAUGCACAGAAGUCAGAGAUUUCCGACUUCCCAGUUGUUUAUUUUGGUAGAAAUCCUCAGGCAGGAAUAUAAAAAUUGUAUUUCUCAAAAUGAACUGGAGUAAUUUCCAGUUCAUUGUCAAAUGGAAAAGUUGACAUCACAUAACAAUCCUCAGAAUCUGUCAAACAAUCUUGUCUUGUCCGCAAGUUGUAGAGGCUAUAGAGAGUUCCAAACCCUGUACACCCAUGCACACACACACACACACACACCACCCUCCCAAACUCAAAAGCCUUUAAUCACUUUGGAGAGGAACAGGUCAAGUGACACCUGGAUAAUAGGCUGUAAUCUGAGGUUGUCAUGCUUGGCGAGUUGACACGUUCACGGCCUAGGUGCCACCUCGGCCCUCACACGAAGAGGAAGGGGGGGAAAGAGGACAGAGAGGGAGAGGAUGAUUGAAACUGAAGGGGUAAUUGAUAUCAGAGCAGAUCACUCUUAUGGGACUGUCACACCCCCUAACCCCCCUUUCUCCGAUCCUCUGCUCCUGAAAUACUCUUCUGACUGGGGACAGAUGAGAACUCAAGUCCCAGGCCUCUCACUCACCAUCAGGCCCCAGACUCUCAUGGUAUGGUGAUAGAGGAAGGUGAUUUAAUAGUGGUGGUCAUUGUAUUUAGUUUUUGAUUUCCAUCACUCGCUAGGCCGUAGCUGAGGGACAUCCUCUGACAGGUUGAUGUUUAGGGGUGAGGAGAAGAGGUUACGAUCCCUAGUCCCUCUGUUAUUACAUAUUUCACUCAGGAGAUGAAACCAGCGCUGGCUCCAUCCCUGAUACAGUGGCAGGACACAAAUAGAAAAUUGAUCUGAUUUAUCUCUUGUGGUUUCAAAAUGUUUCAGCAGGUGAUUUCUAUCUCGUAUCACAGGUUGGAUUGAUGAGUGUCAUUCACGUUCUUCUCUUCAUUUUGGGGAUGUCACUUUUUGUGUCAGUUUUGGUCCAUGUAUCUACUCUCCAAUCCCAGUGCUGAAUCAAGUUUGAAAUAAAGUUAAAGGUGAAAACUAGCUUACACUUUCUUUCGCAUCAGUGGACUGGAGGAUAGUGAAGUGUCAGAACAGAAAGUUGGUCUCACUAACUUUGGUUAAUUAAUUAUCUUCCUGCAGCAUCUGACAGAGGAGAAACCAGAGGGACUGGUCAAUGAAGCAGCUAGGUAUGCUCUGUCUGUCUGUCUGUCUGUCUCAAUACAGGAAUAAUUUUUAUUUUGUACUUACCUCUUUGAUGCCUCGUUUUAUACACACAGUUUUUUCUCAGUUUAAUUUCCCUUUCCUGCUGUCCCAUCAGUCCUCUGGUUGCCUGGUGUUGUUGUUGAUCCUACAGAGACUAAUGUCACACUGCUCUCGGUUUCUAUUGCUGUUUUCGUCUCCAACAUAAUGGGGGUCCCAUUUGAGUGUGGCACGUCCUUUACAAUGCCACACACACACCUCAGGAGGGCUUGGGAACACCAGUGGAAUACCAGCACCAGUGUUACCACCAUACAGCUUUGUUAAGGUAACUGUAUUGGUUCUACUGUUGAAUGUGCAGGCAGAUAGCCCUGGCAGAUCUGACCAUCAUCAAUAAGACUGACCUGGUGACUGGAGAGGAGCUCAACCACCUCAGAGACACCGUCAGGUGACCACUAGUCACUUUUUACAGACCUUUUUACUAAUACACUGUCCUGUUAAAAUAAUAGUCAAGUGAGGACCUGUUUCCAUUUGUAAUUGCGCUUUUUGAUUGUUCAGAUCAGAUGUGUGAUUCCUUUAUGUAAUAGAGUGUAUUGUACAUAAUCAUAAACAUCUUCCCUCUACAGGUCUAUAAAUGGUCUGGUCAAGAUUCUGGAAACUCAGAAGUCAAGGUGGGUUGGUUCAUUUGGCCUAUAUGAACGGUGGGUGGUGAUUGAACGUGUACCAUUGUCUACUGUAUCACUACUCUCACCUGGAGACAUAACCAGACAUGGAGACACAGCCAUGCUGCAUGUUACAGGGGUUUUACUAUGACUAUUUUUAAAGACGUAAAACUCUCUCUCUCUCACACACACACACAAUUAUCCCCCUUGCGUGUUUUUCCAGCUUUGUUCUUGAAACACAGAUGAAACAUAUCAGCCAUGAAUGA